UGAACUUUACCUUUUUUCUAACCAAACAAGAAAAUGAGAAUGCCAUUUCAAGAAUCUUGGGAAAAUGAAAGUGAGGAAGAGGAGGGAGACUGUGAUACAAAGGUGUUCCUUAAGCCUAUUAUUGAGGACAGAAACAUGGAACUUGCUAGAAGGUGCACUGAAAUGAUAAGUGAUGUCCGUUAUAAAGAAGAAUAUGAAAAAUCGAAAGGCAAGUGCACAUUUGUACCUGACACCCCUCAGCUAACACAUGUGAAAAAUAUCUCUGCCUUUAUUUCUGAGGCAAAAUACAAAGCAGGUGCGAAGAAAGAACUCUCCAACUCAGUCUAUCAGCAGAUGCCAGCUACAAUUGACAGCGUGUUUGCAAAAGAAGUUAUGCAGCUUCAGAGCAAGGUUCUAUACAAGCAGAAACAUGAAGCUGAAAAGGGUACAUCAAGUUAUGCCCAUAUGAAGGAGCCUCCAGAUGUUAAGCAUGCCAUGGAAGUUAGUAAACACCAAAGUAAUGUUUCAUACAAAAAAGAUCUACAGGACACUCAUAGAUACACUGAAGUUUCAAAUAGACCAGACAUCAUGAUGGCAACCCAGUUAACAAAGAUAAUAAGCAAUGCUGAAUAUGCAAAAGGAAGACAAGAAAUGAGUAAGGAACCAACUGUUCUUGGAAGACCAGACUUCACUCAUGCAAAAGAAGUUUCCAAAUUUUUAAGCCAAGUUAAAUACAAAGAGCAGUUUAACAAGGAUAUGAAGAAUUAUUGUUUCAAUCCUCUCGAAAGUGCUUCUUUCAAGCAAGCACAACUUGCAUCUGUCUUGGCAAGUAAUAUAAAAUAUAAAAAAGACCUGGAAAGCCUUCAUGAGCCAACAUCUGCUUUUCCAAACCUAUUACAAUUAGAGCAUGCUUUGAAUGCCAGUAAAAUCUCUAGUAAUUACGAAUAUAAGAAGCUGUUUGAGAAAAGUAAGGGGCUAUAUCAUUUUGCAUUAGAUACAGCUGAACAGCUGCAUCACAGAGAGAAUGCAGUGCUCCAAAGUCAGGUCAAGUACAAAGAGAAAUAUGAAAAGUCAAAAGGCAAGGCUAUGCUGGAAUUUGUCGAUACACCAACAUACCAAGUUUCAAAGGAGGCUCAGAGGUUUCAAAGUGAGAAAAUGUAUCGAAAAGAAUUUGAAGAUAAACUCAAAGGAAAAGCAGCACUGGAUUUAGAUAAGACCCCAGAAUUCUUAAAUGUGAAACGUGUUACCAACCUGCUAAAAGAGAAAGAGUAUAGAAAAGAUUUGGAAGAAGGGAUGAAAGGAAAACGACUGACAGUGUUUGAAGAUACGCCAGAGUUGAUUAGAGUGAAAAAUGCAGCUCAGAUAUUAAAUGAGAAGGAAUACAGAAAAGAUCUGGAAAAUGAAAUAAAGGGGAAAGGAGUUAAGCUCAUUUCAGAAACUCUUGACAUUCAAAGAGCAAAGAGAGUGUCGGAAAUUGUUAGUGAGAAAGAAUAUAAAAAAGAUCUGGAGACUGAAAUUAAAGGGAAAGGAAUGCAGGUUGGGACAGAUACGCCUGAAAUACAGCGAGCUAAAAAAGCAUCUGAAAUUGCAAGCCAGAAAGAAUACAAGAAACAUCUAGAAAUGGAAAUUAAAGGGAAAGGGAUGCAGGUGGGCAUGGAUACUCCUGAUAUACAACGAGCAAAGAAAGCUUAUGAAAUUGCAAGCCAGAAAGAGUAUAUGAAGGACCUGGAGACUAAAAUCAAAGGAAAAGGAAUGCAAGUAGGCACAGACAUCCCAGAGAUACAGCGAGCAAUGAAAGCUUCUGAAAUAGCCAGCCAGAAAAAGUACAAAGAUGAAGCAGCGAGGAUGCUGUAUAAUUAUUCUGCUGUGUCAGAUACUCCUGAAAUUGAGAGAAUUAAAAACACACAGAGAAAUAUCAGUACUGUAAUUUACAAGAAAGUGAUAGGUGCUGGCACACCGGUAACAGAGACUCCAGAAAUUGAACGAGUAAAGAAAAAUCAACAAAAUAUUAGUGCAGCUUACUAUAAAGGGCAGCUUGGUAAAGCAACUUCUGUGAGUGUCACUCCUGAGAUGGAGAGGGUCAAGAAGAAUCAAGAAAUUAUCAGCUCGGUCAAGUACAGCAGAGAUCAACAACAGAUGAAAGGUAGACAUAGUGUGAUUAUAGACACACCUGAGUUAAGGCAUGUCAAAGAAACACAAAACAACAUCUCAAUGGUCAAGUACCAUGAAGAUUUUGAGAAGACGAAAGGCAGAGGUUUCACUCCAAUAAUGGAUGAUCCUGUGACUGAACGGGUGAGAAGAAAUACCCAGGUGGUUAGUGAUGCUGCCUAUAAAGGAGUUCACCCACAUAUAGUUGAAAUGGACAGGAGACCUGGAAUAAUUGUGGACCUCAAAGUUUGGCGCACGGAUCCUGGCUCCAUCUUCGACAUUGACCCUUUGGAAGAUAAUAUUCAAUCUAGGAGUCUACACUUCAUUUCCUCCACAUGUAUUGUGUUUCACCUUGUAGAAAAAGCAAGACGUUACAAUCAGCAGCAUUUCCGUUCUACUAGUACUUCUGGCGUUGGAGAUGACAAGUCAGAUGGCUCUGUGUUUUCUUAUUCCAGUGAGGUAACAAGGCCAUCUAAUGAAGGAGCCCCUGUACUUCCGGGGGCAUAUCAACAAAGUCAGCCCCAAGGAUAUGGUUACAUGCAUCAGACUAGUAUGUCCUCUAUGAGAUCAGUGCAUUCACAGCCACAUUCAGCUAACUUGAGAACAUAUAGAGCAAUGUAUGACUAUAGUGCCCAAGAUGAAGAUGAAGUUUCAUUCAGGGAUGGUGACUACAUCAUCAAUGUGCAACCAAUUGAUGAUGGUUGGAUGUAUGGUACUGUUCAGAGAACUGGGAAAACUGGAAUGCUUCCAGCAAAUUACAUUGAGUUUGUUAAUUAAUACUCACUAUUAGUACUUCUGAGCUUUAUUCUGAUUUAAUUAAUCUUUACAAAAGUACUUUUAGACCACAUUUUACUUCCCUGUUAAUGUAACAAUCAGUGCUUAUAUGCUGAAGUCAACACACAGGUCCUCUAACAAAUCCAGGAAGCACUGAGUUCCAAAAGCACGUUGCUUAAAAGGAUAUAGAAAAAGAAGCUUGUUGGUGGAAACCUGGUGCUUGUAAUCAUGUAAAGGUUUCUGUUAAUUAGCUCCCAAACAGAAUUCUGCCUUUACAGUAGGCUGCAUUUCUCCUUUAAGUUUUAAUCAUAAAGCAGCUGAUAUUUUUUAUUGUGUGACUUUGAAAUUGUAAGAGGCUAUAGCUUUGGUGUUAAGGUUCAAGUCAUUAAAAACUCAAGUGAACAGAACAAUUCAAA